AUGCUGAUCGCGAUUGUCGUCCUCUUCUUCGUCGUCAUCCUCAUGAUCUGCCUCCACCUCUACGCCCGCUGGUACCUCCUCCCCGCGCGCCGCCGCCAGAUGCGCAGCCGCCGCCAGAACCUCGUCUUGUACGUCGAUCCGGCGAACCCGAACCCAGCCGGAGUAGAAUCUCAAGGACUGCCCGCCGCCGUCCUGAAAUCCCUCCCGGUGUUCGUCUACUCCGGCGCCGCGGUGGCGGCGGCGGCGGCGGAGUGCGCCGUCUGCCUGUCGUAA